AUGAGGGAAGAGGUAAAGGAACCCUCAAUUCAAUUUCCCGGACUUCAAAUCUUUUCGUCAUGGAAAGUUGGUUCACCGAGCGGUCGUGGACUUCAGAGGAUUCCCAGUAAACCUGCGUUUAAUUCACAAUUUUUACCCUCAGAGGAAACUUUGGCAACAGUCUCCCAUAAUGAUAGUCCUCUAGCCCCUCAUGCAUCAUGGAUCAAGUUUCCAGAGAGGAAGAGUACGGAACUGCAUGACUAUUCACCGACAGUAGUGGGAUCAGACUGCUUUGAAAGGUAUGAAGUAGCGGAGAAGACGCAAGUCACCGAUUUCUGGACUAGAAUUACCGAUGGGAUAUUCAAAGAUUUGUUUUGUGAUAGUGAUGGCCAGUUCCAUGAAGAAUUCCAAUAUACAGUAAUAUCAUCGGAUUUCUUGAAUGAUCCUGAAGGUUUUAGAUUCUCCUUCACGGGUAAGAAAUCUAUUAUGGAUUUUCAUAAACCAUUAGAGGUUCGUCAGCCAUGGACUACUAUGCCGACCAAAUAUGGGCGCUUAACAAUAUCUCUGCCCGGCAAAUUCAUCCUUCAACGGACAUUUGAUUAUUCUGCAACUAUAUUUUCAGCACUUAAAGUAUUGAAAGGAAUUCACCGUUUAAAGACGAGGAAAGUGAAUUGCAAAAGGAUUUUGGCUACUGUACUUAUUGCGCUAUAUUUGGUCGUUCAACAAGGAAAUUUCCAUGCACAAUAUACAAGAUACAAAGCGUUGGUAUCUUUGAAGGCAACGUUAAAAGCGUUACAGGAACUUAGCGUUCUUUGCCACAAGUAUCAUAUCAAACUAAAAGAACUUAGUAUCUAUAAGCCUUUGACAAAAUCUUUGCCGAAUUGUGGUCCUGACAGUACUAUUUUGAAAAUCAAAGAUCUUCUGUCAUCAUGCUUGGAUCUGCUGUUUUACAAAUUGAAAGAUAUGACUCAGAAUUUGGUUCUUCUUUGCAGCACUACCUCGUUAGCGAAGUACUGCGAAAUUUAUAACUUGGAGAUGUCCGAUUUAUUCCAUUAUUUUAAUGAACCUGCCAUUGAAGUUGAAGAGAAAGCCAAGAGAGUUCUCACAGCAAAGAAGUUCAUGUUAUGCACACUACUUUCCUUCAAUUACGAAAAUGAUACAUGUAAUGCUCCCAUAACAAAUUUCUUAAUGAAGGCUUUCCCAGAUUAUGAAUAUAAUUAUGAGAAAUUGUCACCUGUCAAAAAUAUCAACAAAUACAGAGAGGUUACAGAAAACAUGCAGCAGCUGAAGGAUUUAGUCAUCCCACUGACAGCAUCAUUAAUCAACCAUAAAAGCAUCUUAUUUUCAACGGUAGAGACCCCACCUGAUAGCGCAGAUGCGAUCAACGACAAUUAUAACAUCAAUGGCCCCUGUAAAAACCGCCAGUUGUACAUGACGUUGCAUUCUCUUCGAAAAUUGGAAAAUACUCUUAUCGCAUCAGAGGAAGAAGAAGUUUCUCAAAAAACCAAGGAAGUUGUAAAAUGUCAAUUGCAGCAAAUAUUAUCAGCGUGGCAAAGUUAUGAUACGACCAAACCUGACAAGAGACAACCCCAGAUAUCAUCUCCAAAUCCCGGCUUUUCGUUAAACAUUUUAAGAAGAAGAUCGUCACUCCAAGGGCAUAAAGCAGUGGGCGACGAGAAGCCGCGCCUUAGAGGAAAGGUAGAUUUCGAACAAGUUGACGAGACACACUCUGAUAUCGAGUAUGACUCAGAUAAUGAACAUCCUAAACACGACGUUACUCUGGGAGUGUGUUACGAAAAGGUUCAUGCUGACUCCGUACUAACAGCAAACGAUAACAUUGCUCGAAAAAAUCAGGAGUUACGUGAACUUAGUGACGAAGAGUUACGACGUAAAUUAGACGAAGGUAUUCUGAAGCUUGCUGUCGAAAACAAGCAAGGAAGGGAGAAGUUAAGGACACAGAAAUCUUUCGAACUUCUAAAAAGAUUGAAGAAAAACAAAACAACCAAAUCGAACAGACACACCUCGAUUUUGAGCGUAGACGAUUCACUUGAUGGUAAGAGCAGGCCUCUUUAUCAAGCAAAAUUCUCUUCCGAAGAUUCAAUUCCAGUUCUUUAUGAGCUUGAAGAGCUCUUAGAGAACCGCCAAUGA